CGGAGACCUGCUUCCCCUUUAAAGAACCGUUCUGACGAAUCACUGCAAAGAAGAUAGUCUAUUUACUGUAUAGAAAAUUCACUCAGGAGCCAGAGGGGAAUCAUUUAUUCCACAAGGCUUAGGGUUGGGUAAAUAUUCUUUUUUAGACAUUUUUUUGUUUGUUGGCAAAUGGACUUUUGAAGUCGCUAACACCGCGCCGUCGCUUAGCCUACAUAGGCUAGCCUACCUGCUCCAUUUUUUUCUGGACAAUCUGAACGAUAUCGGUGCAAUACAAUUUAACGGUAUCUUUUUCCCCAAGGACGCUUUACGGUUUAUUGCUGUGCUUACCGAAUGGCGAACUGUGAAAUUAGAUUGUGAAACAUUCGCUCAGUCUUUUCAGCCGGACUGAUGUGCUGUUGGCCUUAUUCAUCUUGACGUCGCGUAAAAUGCGCUUUAAUUUUCAUACAGCCUACAUUUUCAAGAUGUGAAGGCUACAACAUACUGUAUGUCAUUAUAGAGAUUGCUACGAACGUAUUUGGUUCAUUGAAUGAAAGAAUGAGGUUACACCGUUUAUUUGUGCUCAAGCGAUGGAUUGUCCGAGGGAUGCUAUUCAAUGGGAAUACGGUUCGCUAAUUUGACAGUCUAGCCCGACUGCGUCCCAACGGAUCCACUCAUGAUGCCCAGAGCUUUACGGAGACUCGUGCAUUUAAUGCUUUUCUGUCCUUUGUCGAAAGGACUUCAGAGUCGCCUCCCAGCCAUCAAGGUAAAGUACCUUCUGCUAGCAUGGCUGGGCAUCUUGGUAGCCAGCUGGGUGGUCUACAUGCAGUACUCCUCCUACUCUGAGCUCUGCAGAGGGCAUGUCUGCCACAUGGUCAUAUGUGACCACUACAGGAGAGGCAUCAUCUCAGGGUCAUCCUGCAAGGCACUGUGUGACCACCGGACCCUGACACUGCAGCGCUGCAUGUCCAGCUCCUCCACUCACCAGGUGUACAGCGGGCUGUGGAAGGAGAAGCCUGUGGUGAUCAAGUGUGGGAUCGAGGAGCCCCUGAAGAGCGAUGGAGGACCCGAGUCUGUGCUCCGUCAGGAGAUGAGCCUGUUCGACAAGCCCUCCCGUGGGACCUCCAUGGACGAGUUCAGAGAGAUGCUGCAUGGCUUCCUCAAGUCUAACUUGGGGGAGCAGCCCUCAUUGGGCACCCUCGUGGGCCGUGUCAUCACCCUGGCGGAUGUCAACCAGGACGGGAAGGUAUCCCUUGCGGAGGCCAAGUCCGUCUGGGCGCUUCUCCAGAUCAACGAGUUCCUCCUCAUGGUGGCGCUGCAGGAGAAGGAGCACACCCCCAAGCUGCUGGGCUUCUGCGGGGACCUGUACGUGACGGAGCGCGUGGGCCAGAGCUCCCUCUACGAGCUGGAGGUACCCAGCUACUUGCAGGCACUGGUCCCAGAAGCCCUCAGCUCCAGCGUGAACCGCUGGCUGGCCCCAGCCUGGCCACGGAGAGCCCGCAUCACCAUAGGCCUGCUGGAGUUUGUGGAGGAAGUCUUCCACGGCUCCUACGGCAGCUUCCUGAUGUGCGACGCCAGCCCACGCCACGUGGGCUACAACGCCAAGUACGACUGCAAGAUGGCCGACCUGCGCAGCGUGGCGUCCGAGGCUGCUGUGCGGGGCUUCCUGAGGGGGAGGCGGUGCGAGACCAAUGCUGACUGCACGUACGGGAAAGACUGCACGGCUACCUGCGACCGUUUAGUCAAGCAGUGCAACACGGAGGUGGUGCAGCCUAACCUGGCCAAGGUGUGCGUGCUGCUCCAGGACUUCCUGCUGUUCGGGGCGCCGUCGGACCUGCGCGGCGACCUGGAGAAGCAGCUGCGCACCUGUGUGACGCUCAGCGGGCUGGCCAGCCAGAUGGAGGUGCACCACUCGCUGGUCCUCAACAACCUCAAGACCCUGCUGUGGAAGAAGAUCUCUAAUACGCAGUACUCCUGAGGUCCACCACGAGGCUGCGGCCGCAGUUUGGGGUUGAGAACUGAGUAGGGACAAGUUUUAGUCUAGUAAUGUUAGAUAACCUCAAGGUUAGGAUUAGAGAAAAUGGCACCUUUUUAAAGGCAAUCGUAUUAGAGCCUACACCCUCCAGCUGUUACCUAGCCAGACACACCAGAUUAGUGGUUUGUCCAAGGAAAGAUCAUUGAAUACAGUGCCGUUUCAACAGCUACAUAUACAGUAUUCAACCCACUUAACGAAAAGCUGGGCUCUCAUCCUCCCCUUGUCAAAAGGAACAAGUGAUGCAACUUUGUAAAAAAAACACUUGGCAACCAACACUGAAAUUGAGACUGAAAGCAAAUUGGUUCCAACAGCCUACUCAGUUCACUGAUGAAUCAUAAUAUCCUAACAUUGUUCUCAGGGCCUGCCUGUUUUAACUGUUUACUUGUAGAUGAUUCUCUGGAAAUGGUUCAGAGAAAUGUUAGUUAAAGCGACAAGUUGGUCUAUAGACAAAUUCCAUUCAGUCUCAAAUGGAAAGUCAGGAAGUAGUCAAGUCUCAAUAAAAAGGACUUAAA